AUGUACGUAGUGCCAUUCUUCAACCCAAAGCCUUGGGCAAUCUCAUAUUGCAUUCUUGAUCAUACCCGGAAAAAUAUCUCAUUUCCCCCUAGAUUUAGCCACCCAUCUCUUCAUUCUCCCCAGCUUCCCUGUCAAAUCGGUCUCUACUGAAAUUCAGAUGCCUUUCUAAAUCAUUCUGCUUCCUUAUUGACAGUCCUGAUUUCAUCAAGAAGCACCUCAAAACAUCCAUGGACACCAAAACUAACCUCGAGUUAAUCCUCCCCCACGGGGGCGGAGAUGAUGGUCCCGUCGACUUAUACGCUGCAGAUUUCGACGACGGACUCAAACAAACCAUCAAACUCAACAGCCCAGUCACAGCACCAAAUCGGUACACCAUUGUUUGUGGUUCUUGUGAUGAUUUGAUUCUUUUGGGCACAAGAAAUUCAGAUAUCUGUGAGGACUUUGUUGUUUGGAAUCCCACCACUCGGCAGAGUAGAAAACUGCCGGUCUGUCCCGUCACAACCCUCCCCGGCCAAAAAUUCGUCUGUGGCGGUCUGGGGUAUGAUUCUCCUACAGACGACUACAAGGUCGUAAUGAUGGCUGCGGUUUCCGUCGCCGAUGAGGUGUUCUUUACCUUGCCGCAUUACGAUGGUCGUGUCACAUGCCAUAACCUGAUGGAUUUGGGAGGGUAUCUUCAUACGGUUAAUCUAAGCAAGUUGCCCGAAACCCACGAGUACUAUGUGUUCAAGCGUGAUGACAUUGGAACCGGAGGUAAUUGGGUGAGAGUUUUCAAGUUUGAGGAUCAAUGCGGUACCGGUUAUCUGUGGGUUACACCCUUGGCAUAUUCAAAGGAGGGGGAUUGUGUUCUCAUUUCUAAAUACCAAGAGUUCUUUUGGUAUAACAUUGAAAAGAAAACGAGAGAAAUGGUGGAACUUGAGGGGAUGCCUCGCCCUGUGAAGGGUAAGAUUUUGAGCUACGUUUGUUGGGAAAGUCUAGUUUCUCCUGAUCCUGGAGGUCAUGAUAUAUAGUACAUUUCAGUUGGCAGCUUUGGCAAGCAAAGGAAUAAGCUUGUGGAGAAAACAUUGUUUAUAUCUCCCUAGUCAAUAGCUUGUUUUUUCAGUUGUGAUGCUGUAUUAUACGUUUGUAGCCCUGUUUUUUCCAAUAGUGAUGGUAUGUUACAGGUUUGUUGGAUGCAUGAGAGGAUAGAAGAACCAGCCCCUAAAUGGACCUGAACUUGCAGCUUAUAUUUCAUGAGUAUAUCUAUUUGCUCUUUUUUUAUAUAUUUAAGUAUUAAUCCUUUAAGAGAAGUUCUUGUGAUCUAGUAGCCACCUAUGCAUUGUUAAUGGCAUUCUUAUCCUUCUAGAGGUGUGGGGUUCGAGUCCACCUCCGUGUUCUUCCUUUAAACUUGUAGUGUUGAUGCAAGUUCUGCAUUUAAGCUUGUGUGGUAAUGCAUUAUGUAUAAAAUGCAAGAAAUCUAGCAUCUUUGA